AUGGCUGGCUGGCUAUUGUUUUGCCAAGAUCUGCGUCAAGGAUUUUCCCAUCUUCACCAACAGAGCGAUCCGACAGACUGUCCCAUUGUCCUCCCAUUCGGAAGUCCAUGGUUGAUAUUACUGGAGGACGAUCACUGGAAGUUUGUCCGCAGUGUCCUCAGCCCAGCGUUCAGUUCCGGUAAAAUGAGGGCGAUGGUCCCGAUGAUACACAGCUGUCUUAAUCGGCUAAAUGAAAAUCUGUCAGCAUACAGCAAAUCCGGCAACAGCUUUGAGGCAAAAAGUGUAAUGGGGGGGUCUUACCAUGGAAUUUUCUUCCCAUUUGCGUUGCCGUUAUUGGAGGCAGUAGGUUUGACCGUAGACUCCAAAGAAGUCACGGACUUUUUUGUGACCAUGUUGAAAGAGACAAUCGCAGAAAGGCGAAAGCAACCGUCCCCCCGGAAGGACCUUCUUCAGUUGAUUCUGGACAGCAGUGUGGACGAUCUGAAGGAGACGCUGGUGGAUAAAGAUGUGGAUGCCGACGCUUUGAAACUGGACAAACUGGACAGAAACAAUAAAUUGACGGAUACAGAGGUUAUUGCGCAAACACUUUUAUUCCUCAUCGCUGGAUUUGAAACGACGUCUGCAGCGCUGGCAUUUUUGGCUUACAAUCUGGCGGUAUAUCCCGAAUGUCAGGAGAAGCUCAUCCGGGAGAUCGAUUCUACGCUCAAUGGGACCACUCCCACUUACGAAAACGUGAUGACGUUACCUUACCUGGACAUGUGCCUGUCGGAGACACAGCGGCUUUACCCGGCUAUCAGAGGAAUGACGCGUGCUGCACGAGAACCCGUGACGAUUAACGGGGUGCAUAUACCUGCCCAAGCAACAGUGUUGUUCUUGGGGUACGCUCUCCAGCACGACGAGACCUACUGGCCGGAUCCGGAGAAGUUCGACCCUGAAAGGUGGUCUCCAGAACAGAAAGCCGCGCGCAAUCCGUACGUGUUCUUCCCGUUUGGCGUGGGUCCCCGGAAUUGUGUCGGCAUGAGACUGGCACAGAUGGAAGCCAAGAUGGCGGCGGUAGCCAUGUUACAGAAAUUUCGCUUCAUCCGGGCGCCAGAGACUGAGGUGCCUCUCACUCUAAAGAAAGGACCCUUCGUUCAGGCAGAAUACGGGGUAUGGCUGAGGGUACAACCACGUGACUAGGAGGAAAACAGUGUAAGGUCGAGGCUACGGUCACGCGACUGGGCGUAGACCUAUUUAUGGCGGAGGGUAUGGUCACGCGUGCAACCACGCAACAGCUCGCGUAUUUUAAGUUUCAGUCUCUUACUGAGCUGACGUUCUUAAUGGAGCUGUUACAGUAUGCACUUAAAUGUCUGAAAGAGCUAUAAAAGUAUGUGUAUAUCUGUCCACAAAUAUAUAUCCACAUGUAAUCAGACACCCUAGGCCUAACUGAUACAGCCGUAAGCGUUUCGACAAGAAUCAGAAUUGUGAUUGGACGUUUACCACUGAGUGGCAAAACCUUUAGUAUCCUUGGCACCUUAGAGUGCCCUCCUCUACUUACAGACGAGAUCUAUACAUUGUUUAUUAAUGCCAAAUUCGUUUAGCACUCGUCUCAUUCACAUAUCCUAUAAAUGGCAUCGAAUUCGCAAAGAUUAUAUCAAAUACGUUGACAAAUAAAUUGAUAGCAGAUAU